AUGGUAGCAAACGACAAAAAUGCGCAGCUGUUUCUCGGUGCGCCUUAUAGGGCCGGAGACGAGACCGAUCCUGGACCAGAUUCACUGGAAGUCAUUCCUCAUGGAUCAGUCCACCUGUGGACCGGUGAUAGCACCCAGCCCAACUUCGAGAACAUGGGAAACUUCUACUCGGCUACUCGUGGUCCAGUAUUCUUUGCCCACCACUCGAACAUUGACCGAUUGUGGAGUGUGUGGAAAACCCUUGGAGGAAAAAGAAGAGAUUUCACUGACCUGGAUUGGCUCAACGCCGACUUUUUGUUCUACGACGAUCCAGCUAGUUUGGGUCAAGGUCUGAGACUGCCUCGACAUGAGAAAGCUCGAGUACGUCUACCAAAAUGUUGA